CUCCUCCUCUUCAUUACAUCUUUUUUUUCCUGACUUCCUUUUCACUCGUAACUCUUUUCGUUUUGUCUUCUUUUUAUUUUUCCGCCGCCUUUUUUUCCCUUGAUUUUUCGAUUCGUCCUUGUUUUCAUCGAAUUCCAUCCAUGAUUGAUUUUUGGGCCACUCAAUUCAACAAGUUACGUGCCAAAAUUUUACCCAGUAAAGAUAGCGGAAGCUCGGAGCCUUUAUUACGGCGUUCAACCACCGAUGAUUCCAGUCAAUUCAGCGAUGUCUAUCAGGACAGCUAUGGUAUCGUGUACUGGGUGUUUUUUAUCUACGGUAUAGCCAUGCUGUUACCAUGGAAUGUGUUCAUUACGGCUUCCGAAUACUUUGCGAAGCGUUUCCAGGCCUCGGAAUAUGACGAAACUUUUCAAAACUACUUUUCAAUUACAUUCACAGUGAGCAAUUUGCUUGUAUUUGCGACCAUUCUGUGGCGACAGAGUGAAACUACGACGUUUCACAUUGAUGUUUAUUUACCGGUGAUCAUCAAUGCGAUCGUGUUUGCCGUGAUGUGCCUAACCGUGCAGUUUGGGUUCAGCGGCACAGGGUAUUUCUGGAUGAUUUUGGGUUUACUUGUGGUAACGGGAGCCAGUACCAGUCUUUUCCAGGCUUCCGUGUUUGCUGAAGCGAGCCGCUUUCCUUAUAAAUACAUGCAAGCCGUAAUGAGUGGUCAAGGCGUGGCGGGUGUGGCGGUCGCUGUAUCUUCCAUCGUCAGUGCUUUAGCCGGAUCGACCACGGGCACACCUGACCCUUCGGCCUCGGCACGAUCGGCGUUGAUUUAUUUCCUGAGUGCGUUUGGUAUUACGUUGGCUGCUUUCAUCGGACGCCUGAUUCUUUCCCAGCAGCCGUUCUAUACCCAUCAAAUUAGAAAAGACGUUCCUUCCUUGUCAGAUGAUAUGGAGGAAGAAAUAGAUGCGCGUGAUUUCCUGGCUUCCGAACCCCCUUUCAGUGUCAUGGACACGGUGCGAAAAUCGACCGGUCUCAUUUUUGCUGUAGGAUACAUUUUCAUGGUGACGUUGGCGGUAUUCCCAUCCAUCACGGCUCUGAUCAAAUCCGUACGCCGGCAUGAUCCUUCCGGACUGGCCACGCCGAACCAUAACCGAUUUUUUGACGACGAUAUUUUUGUGGCCUUCCACUUUUUGUUAUUCAACGUGGGCGAUUGGGUGGGGCGAACGAUGCCUAUCAUUGAUAGUUUACGGACUUUCAAUGUCAAGGCGUUGGUGACCAUGUCUGUUGCACGAACCCUAUUUAUUCCUGCCUUCUUGUUGUGCAACGUGGUCGUAUCCGAUGAUCGACGAUUGCCGGUUCUGUUUGGGAACGAUCUUGCCUAUUUUAUUAUCGUCUGGUUGUUUGCCGUCACCAACGGAUGGAUGGGCAGCUUGACCAUGAUGGCCGCGCCUCAACAAUCCUUUAUUCGUACCGCGACCGAAAAAUCCGUCAUUGGCACCGUCAUGAGUUUCUCUCUCGUCCUGGGCCUUGCCAUUGGUGGAGGCGGCAGUUUUUUCGUUCGAUGGCUCGUCUAAAGAAGCCCAUCUUCUAAUAUUCUGUUACCCGUUGUGUUCACUUUUGUUUGGAAUAAACUCCCACUAUAGCUUGUUUGAACCGAAAUCGUAUCCUGGUUCAGAAUCAUCAG